AUGCCUUCAAGAGGAAAUCCAAACGUCCCCAACAAACAGCGCAAGACUGCCGGACGUGCCAAAGUCAAAAAGCGCAGCGCAACAAAUGGCAUCUCCAAGAACCCCAGGGGAACAGCCAGGAGCAGUGUUCUGCACCCAACGAGCGGACCUCUAGCACCUCUGUCAGGCAAGAAGGCGAGGAAGGUUGAGAAGGCAAAGAACAAUGCAAGGAGAAGAGCCUUGGAGCAGGCCAUGAAGGACGAGGGAGAGGUUGAAAUGACUGACUCUACAGAUGCGCCCAAGACUACAAAAGCCAAGACAAAGUCGGCCAAGGAAGCUGGAGAUAAGAUGGAGGUUGAUGCUAUUGCGUGA